AUGACGACGGUGGAGUGUCGGGGCGAUGGCGAGUGUCUGGACAACGGUGACCAUCGGGGAGGCGUGACGGCGAGUGUUGGUCGACUGUGGAGGUGUUGUCGUGAUGUUGCCGUGAGAGCGGUGGCGGCUGGCGUGGCGUGCUGCGGGCGGCGAUGGCUGGACAAGGGCAACAUUGAGUUCUCGGUUUUCAGAAUUGUUAAUUCUGUUUCGGUUUGUUUAAUUCCUGCAAAAUUCUGGGAUAUGGAAAGGAAUUUCAUGGGGUUGAGCUCGAAGGAUUCUGUUGCUGUUGUCAAAGAAGAAGUUGAUGAUAGGGCAAACAAUGAUUCUGCGUUUGCAAGGAGCUCAGGAGUUCUGUGGCCAUUCUCGACAAAGAGCUUUGAAGGUACCACCAUGAAGCAACUACUUCCUGAUGGCAAUCCUCAUCUCAGUUUGACUUCAACCGAACAAUGGCGAGUGCCAAUCUUAGCCAAUGCAAUGAUCAAUUCUGUUGGUUCUGGCUUUCCUCAGUUAACCAUUUUUUAUUCAGGAUCAGUAUCUGUCUUUGAUGGCAUCUCACCUGAGAAGGCACGUUACCUUUUUCAAGCGAGAUGUUUAUUGCAGGCUCAGGCUAUCAUGCUUUUGGCGGGAAACGGAUGCUUAGCAUCUAACAUUGAUCAACCGAAAAAGGUAGAUAUGAAAGAAAUUCCUCACCCAAUCGAUCAGUCUGACGCAAAGGUAUCUAAGGCCAUUAAUGGCAUUGCAUCCACUGUUGUUAACAAAUUGGAGCCCCAAAGAAUGUUGUCAUCAUUAGGAUCUGUUGCCAUUAUAUCGACAGAUUCUUCUUCAGCUGUUCCACAGGCAAGGAAAGCAUCCCUGGUCCGCUUUCUAGAGAAGCGUAAAGAGAGGGCAAUGCGUGCAAUGCCUUACAUGGGGAAAAAGGCAGCUGAUUCUGAGUCUAAUGAUGAUUUGGGCUUAUCUGCAAGCGCUACUUCUGGUGUCGGUUCUACUUAAUAGUGAUGUCUAAUUGCACAACCAUGUUGAGGUGAUACCUGUAAGCAGCUAAAACAUAUAAGUAAAAUUGUAACAUAAUGAUGUAAGCAGCUAAAACAUAUUAAGUAAAAUUGUAACAUAAUGAU